GUCGAGGCAGCAGGACCUCGAGGGCGCCGUCCAGAUGGCUACUGCCGAAUACUAUCGGCAGGGCCAGUCGGCGGAAGCCAGGGCACAGGAGGAGGCCCGCUUCCGCCGACAAAUGCUGGAGCAAAACCAGCGGCACCACGAGGCCCAUAUGAACGUCCUGCGCCAGCAGCAUACCGUCCAUAUGGAGGUCCUGCGGCAGCAACAUGCUGUCCACACGGAGGGACUGCAACAGCUGAGGGAGGAGGUCGGCAGCAUGCGCGACGUUCAGCAGCAGCGGCUGGCAGUGGAACGGCGCUCACAGGAGACAAACCAGCGUCUCCUGCAGCUGCUGCUGGCUGCACCGGCCCAUGGUGGCAGCCAAGUCCCUCCCCCCUCUCAGGACCCACAUAUUUAA